CGGAAGUACACUUAUCAUAUUUAACACAUGUAAACGCAUCAAAUAAAGGUGACAUUUUGGUUCUAUACAUGUUAGUUUAACAGAAAUCGCGAGACCGUGUAUCGUUUUAAACGACAGACGCCAGCAGUUGCAGGGGCUUGUCUGAACAUAGCUGCCCAGUCUAGAGAUGUGACCCCACCGCGGUGAUGGAAAGAUGAAGACGGAGGUGCCAGAUUCAUCUCUCCUUCAUUUUUCUCACUAUAUGUUGUUUGUAGGAGGGGCUAAAGAAAAGAAAAAAGGGAAUAGAUGGAGAGAGAAGAGGAUGAACAGGCAGAGGAGAAAGUGUGGCUGGCCACAAAUCUUGGAGAAAGAGAAGGAGGAGGACAUAUUGAUGGUUUUUCAGCUGAAAGAGGAGCGAAGAUGGGGACGGAAGUGGGUCUGGUUUUACCAGGUUUCUUUGGGAACUUGCAGUUGGAGGAAAGUCCACCAUUAGGAUUCUCUCUUUCCUCGGACCAUACGGAUACCUGGGCUCUGUCCAUCUUAUCGUCCUCUUCCUCCUCUCUGCCCUGUCUCUCUCCUCCUCUUCCUCCGUCGGUGGGGCUGGAUGGCGUGCUGGCAGAGGGCCGGCUGGUUCUGGACGUGUAUCGGGGCGGUGGAGAGGUUCUCCCUGUGUUCUGGGAGUGUGUUCAGGAACGGAUGAGAGGCCUGCAGUACCUCAGACUGGGAUCAGAGGACGAGGGGGCGCUAGAGAAGGCACUGAGUGUCCUGCCCCGACUCACACAACUGCGCUCUCUGGCUAUCAGAGGACAUCGUUUCUAUGACCCUCAGGGUGACCCUCUCCCCGGCCUCCUCUCCUCUCUCCCUGACUCCGUCUCCUCUCUGUCUCUCCUCGUUCACCUGGAUCUCUCAUUCAACUGUCUGUCCUUUCUUCCUCCCUGUCUCCUGUCUCUCUCUCAUCUCUCUGAGCUGCUGCUGUGUCAUAACCAGCUGACGGGUCUGCCGGAGGGUCUGGGAGCGCUGGUGUCCCUGCGGCGGGUGAGUCUGCUGGGGAACAGGCUGGAGGAUCUGCCCCGGGGAGUGGGCCUCCUCUGCAGGCUGGAGGAGCUGGAUGUGUCCUUCAACCAGCUGGAGAGACUUCCAGAAGAACUCGGCCAACUACAGGACUUACAAAAACUGGAGCUGUCAAAUAACAGGCUCAGAGCGCUGCCGGAGACUCUGGGGUCUCUCCGCUCUCUGAGGCAGCUAGUAAUCCAGAGUAAUGAUCUGAGGACUGUUCCAGAAUGUUUGCGCUCCCUCCCGCUGCUCGACAAACUAGACACGAGGAACAACCCGCUGGGCCGACCGCCGACGCCCCCACUGAUCGCCCACGUGACCCCAGUUCUGGAAGAAUCUGAGAUCCCAGAGCUGCACCUCGGAUUUGGUCAACACAGUUUUGAAGUAUCAUCUGCUGGUUGUCACGUGUUCAUUCCUGGAGGGGCGGAGCUCUUGUUUCCACGGAGAUGCGUAAAGGCAGUCACACAACUCCAGUGGGCGGAGAGGAGACCAGACAGAAAGUGGGUGUGGCUAGAGGAGCAUGACGUCCUUUUGAGUCGACAGCUGGAGCUCCGCCCACACGGAGCCACAUUUGAGGAGCCAGUAGAGGUGUGUAUUCCAUAUCACAAAACACGGAAAGGUGAUGUUGCGGUUCGCAGGUUUGAUGGUCGGUCUUGGUCGACACUACCCACCCUGACCAUGAGGGGAAGUGAGAAACACAGCUGCAGGCCAGGGGGACGCCCAGCGCGGUUGGCCUGCUGCAGUGUGUCUCAGUUCUCGUGGUUUGUGGCCGUCUCUCGUCCUUUCCUGGACAGUUGCUGUGUGUCUCCAGAGGGGGCGCUGCUGGUGUCUCAAUUCGACCCGGGGAUCAAACUUAUUUUCCCUCCAGAGUGCACAACAGAGACACGUACAGUCACAUUGCAGGUCCUGCAGGUGGUGCUGUCUGAGGUGCAGGACCUGACCGGAGACCCUCAUGCGAGUGCCAGCCCACUGCUAUGCCUCUCUCAAACUCCCAGCAUACAUUUCCUUCAGCCAAUCACAGUGCAGAUUCCUCUUCCAGCUGGAGUGACUGGACACAUGGUGGACAUGUCCCGUUUGCACCUGAUGCACGGCGACCCCACGGCCCACACCUGGACUGACAUCACCGCUCAGGUGUCGCUUUACGUCACGCACAUCUAUGCCGUCUUCUCCAUCACACACUUCUCAUGGUACUGGUUGUGGUACACCACUCAUAGGUGUGUUAGUGGUGUCGUCAGGAAGAUGUAUCAUCGCUUGAAACAGUUCCGGAUUCGAUUCCUGGCGCUACAGAAAAAAAACGACCCAGAGCAGGUUCUGCUGCAGUGCCUGCCGUCGGACAAGGCUGAGAGCAGGUUGGCAUCUCUGUCGGAGCAGUAUGAAGGGCCUCAGCCGUCUGAGUUGUGCAUCCUGCUGGAGGGAGAGCAGUUUUUUGCUGGUUUUGAGAGAGGCAUUGACAUCAGCGCAGACCGUCCGGACUGUAAAGAUGGCAGACUCUCAUUCACCUUUUACUCUCACCUGAAGAACAUUAAAGAGGUGCACGUGUGCCCGACCCACCCACAGCAGGGCACCGUGAGAGGACAGGUGUCAUUUUACAGGGGUGAAGUGCCCAAUGAUCUUCCAGAGGAAGUGGCGAGUAAAAGAAAAGGUCAUGACAACCAGUGGAUGGCGACGCUUCCUCUACGGAUUGCUAACGCAGACUGUGAUGGGAGCAUCUCCGGCGAGCUGAACCUGGGCGACCCAGAGAGCGGCUACCUGACACAGACCAACCUGCUGUCCAUCUCCUUACGCAUCAACCAAGAGUGGCAGAAUAUCGGCAUCAACCUGGGCAUCAGCUACGACCAGCUGGAACGCAUCCGGAACCAGCACAGGGACAACUUUGGGGCCCAGGUGUUGGCGAUGCUCUUUCAUUGGGCGAGAGGGCAACAGGGGGCGGGGCCAGGGGCGGUGCAACAGCUGAUGAAAGCACUGGUGAACAGUGGUAGGCGGGACUUGGCGGAGGAAGUAGAGGACAUAGUGACUCUGGGGAAGAGGAAGUAUGAAGAAUCGCUAAAGAGGGUCGGACUGCAGACACCAGCGAGCUCUGCAGACCCUCAGUCCAGCUGACACACACUCACACCAUUAGGAUGAUUGUGCUGCUGAGAGCGGCUGCCAACAUCAUGACAUAUAAACUCCCACCAGCAGCACUGCAGACCAACACAGUGACACACAUGGACAUACAGUACAGAGUCUCAUCUCACAGGACAGUCUCUGGGUCUCAGAGCAGCUGUCUGUCUGAAUGAUGUCUCCAUUAGACGCCUGUCUCUCUCUCCUGUGCCUCUCGAACUCAGUGUCCAGCAGAUGUAUUUUAUUUGUAGUGAGCCACAGUGCUGCACAUUUACACUGAGCCAAAUGAGCCAUGAUUAUGUUACAUGUUUUUUAGUGUUUUAACCAAGAAACAAUCAAAAUGUUUUUUUUUAUGUAUAUGGUGAAUCCCAAGCAGCCUCUCAAAAAGGGUCAUAUUUCAAAAUGUUGGUGUGUGUGUGUGUGUGUGUAUAUAUAGUU